AUGCUGGGACGAGCACUCGCGGUGCUCUGUGCCUUGGUCGUUGCCGCCGAAGCUCACUCCUGGGUAGAACAACUGAUGGUCAUCGCCAAAAAUGGCACCUUCGUUGGCAGCCCCGGAUAUCCCCGAGGGUUCUAUCCUCGCUCUAAGGCGGGGUAUUCCGACCUAACUAUGGAGUACCUGAUUCCACCAGAUGGCACGUCAGACGUGACAAAGAUCGCCGACGGCACGAAGUUGUGCCGGACUGAACAACAGACACAAGACCAGACUGACGGGUAUCCUCGAUUGCAAGCUAGCUCUGGUGCCAUGGUUGCCCUCCGUUAUCAAGAAAAUGGUCAUGUCACCCUGCCCAUGAACCAGAAGGGAAAGCGACCUGUGUGGUGGCCGGACAGCCGAGGCACAGUCUAUGUUUACGCAACUACCAGCCCCAGUGCCUCUGAGACUUUCCAGACCGUCAACGGCACCUGGCCGAUAGAUGGCAGUGAAGGCACAGAAGGGUGGACCACGAGCGGGGAUCUCAGCAAGGGCCGGCUGAUCGCUAUGCACAACUUCGACGAUAAACGCUGCUAUCAGAUAAACUCUGGCGAUAUCUCUUUACAACGCCAGCAGAGCUUCGCCCACACGGCGAACCAGUUGAUGGGGGCCGAUAUGUGGUGCCAGAUUGAUGUCGAACUUCCCAGCGAAGUCACCAGUGGCAAGACAGUUACGCUUUACUGGGUGUGGGAUUGGCGCACCUGGCCCCAAGAGCAGGCCACCGACUACGAUACCACCUAUCCCGAUGGUAAGAUGGAGGUCUAUACCACGUGUAUGGAUAUCGACAUCGUGAGCGAUUUGGAGGACGAGACCAGUUCCGCCACCGAGUAUAUUGCUGGGCAGGAUCUCAACAAUGCUGCCAUCUCCUCGGAGAUGGCUAAUCCGACGGCCAUGGGCGGUAUUGUCGGGGCUCGUGGAGUCGCAGCCACUGUCACCGAGCAGAGCACCGAGACCUUUUGCGUGGAGCAGAAGACCUUGACGAACACCAUCACCUCCGGCACCAAGACAUCGACUACGGUGGUUACGACCACCACGCAGUGGCCCCUGCCCACUGAUGGAACAUGCUAG